AUGCAGCUAACAAAUCUGAGCAGUUUGACAAUCCUGUCACUUACCGGGAAUAAGAUCAACACAAUCGAGAGUGAAUUUAUGCCACAAGCCGACAAUCUACGGUACCUUUAUUUGGGCAGCAACAAUCUAACGACGAUUGAAGCUCACCUGAUGAGUCAAUUCAAGCAAGUCCAGGUGAUCGACCUGAGUUAUAACUACUUCACCGAAAUAACGGACGAUAUGUUCUCCGGAUUGGAACACCUGCAACAUCUGAACCUCGAAGGCAACCAGAUCAAGGAUAUAGCACCGGGAGCAUUCGCGACAACGCCUUUACUUUUAUUAUGGUUACCUAACAACUGCUUGCAAACCGUAUCACCAAAUAUGUUCCAAGGUGCACCAUUCUUACGCCAAAUGUCGCUUGCCAACAACAACAUCCGCACUGUUCAGCCGCUCAGUUUCGCGCACCUGGCUAACUUACAUACUCUGGAUUUAUCUCACAAUAAAAUUCAAGUUCUUGAAUCAGGCGCUAUUAUUGGCUCCGAUUAUCUGAUGGUUCGAUUACAAGAAAACCCGAUGGUUUGCUUACAAGAUGGGUUUCACGUGAUGAACGGCAAAGAGGCAAUCAACCUUACAACGGAGCCCAAUCUCAUUUGUAAAACGAACUACACCAACGAUAUGCAAGAUGUGUGUCCGAAAAAGGUUAAUGUGCCACAGCCACCACUGUGCUGCUCAAAAUCGACACCAAAAAUCGACAAAGAACCUUCACUGUUACGUUACGAAGCAACAACUACAAGUAGCGUGAAAUCAUCAGCUCUUCCAGCAAAUGCACUUCCAAGCCUCCGAAACAGUAUUCACAGCAAAAAAUUCAACAUGGAAAGGUUUUUGCGCCUCUCGCAACGUCCGGCAGGCUAUCGGACGUCGCCUUUCCUACGUCAUCGCGUUCCGAACAUUCAACCGGAAGCGCACAGUUCCACAGCACAGAAUAACACCCAAAAAAGUGUGCCAAAUCAG